CUUCCGUCGGAAGCAACAACAGCCAAGUGAAUCCGUACUAUUGUGCAAUAGAAAUUGUGUGUGCCGUGCUAAUCCCGAAGCAAAACCUGCUGUUGUGUGAAACAAAAGUUGUGACCUCAAAUAGUCAAUCCUCGAAUCCUCUUCGAGACGGCGUGUUGUUUUUCUGUGCGCUUAUUGGGAGGAAAAUCAAUGCACUAUCGUUUUUUCUAACACACGAAAAUGGCGUCGCGGCGUCCGCGCGGAUUUUGUUCUUCCACUGUUGCUGUUGCUGACCCGGACUUAGAACAGGCGUUUGACGGGCAGCAUUAGUAAACGGGACCAACCAAAAAUCAAAAAGCUUCUACAGACAUUUUGGUUCUGGAAGUUGCCCGUAGACAACUGUCGAUGUGAGCGAGCAAGUAUACGCAACACACGAAUCAAAACCAAAGUUGUCCUUCAAGAGUCUCAAGUAGCUCAAGGUAGUUCGCUUUUGGAAAGCAGAUUAGUGCUUAGGAAGAUACAAGACGACGACGAUGAGUUCCGGACAGUCCCAGCAAUUUUGCGUACGAUGGAACAGUCACCUUGGCAGCAUUGGGGCAGCGUUUCCACAGCUGUUGGCUGGCCAACGAUUUGUGGACGUGACGCUGGCCUGCGAGGGUCACCAAGUGCACUGCCACCGGCUGGUGCUGGCCGCUUGUUCGACCUUCUUCGAAAAUCUGCUGGGCGAAAAUCCGUGCAAGCACCCGAUCAUCAUCCUGCCGCGGGAGAUCAAACUUUGGGCCAUCCAGGCGUUGGUCGAUUUCAUGUACAAAGGAGAAGUGAACGUAUCUCAGGCCGGCCUGCCAGAUCUGAUGAAGUGCGCCGAAAUUCUAAAAAUUCGCGGACUGUGCGGCUCGGACGCGGCACUUAAUCUCAAUCACAUCAACAGCCCCAGCAGCGGGGCCGGUGGUAUUGGCAGCAGUAGUAAUAGUGGUAGUACGGUGCCGGUUGGUACCGUGAGUCAUCCGAACAGUUCGUCGAAUCCAUGUGGCCAAAGAGGCAGCAGUCCUCAACGUGUAGAGCACGGAAAAUCACAGCAGAAUAGUGCACUCAGUGGUACCAAAACAGGUGGUAAUUUCCUGCACAGUCUCAGCCUGCAACCGGUAGCAUCGUCGACGCCCGCAAAGGCAUCUAGUCAGCAGCAACUGCAAGAGCAGGAGCCACAAAGCAGUCUUCAGCAGAGCGGCGAUGAUAGCGACAACGGAGGCAGCGGAAAUGAAAUGUGCAUCAAAACGGAAGAUCUGAUCAUAGAUGAAGACGCAGAUAAAGGUGACGAUGAAGAUGAUGUGGAAAUGGAAGGAAACGACAAAAACCAAGCAGAGGACGACGAUGCCAUCGAAGAUGAAGACAUUGACGAUUACAUCGAAGAUGUAGACCAGGAGCGUCUCGGGCCGCUCGACGAGCGAACGCAAGAGCGUCCCAGCAGUCGGACAAGUAAUAGUAACAAUGAAUGCACGAUCACCGUCACGGACGACAACAGCAUUGAGUGUACUAGCUAUCGCACUAAUUCCAAACGAACAUCUCAGACGAAACAAGUGACCUCCCUGUCGUCAUCCUCCCCCUCUUCGCCUCCUCCUCCUCCGCCGUCGUCAUCGUUGCUGUCGAUACUAACGCGUGGCUCAAUCCGGGUGAAAUCGAACGAAAAUCUCUUUGAAAACUAUAAACAACAACAAUAUAAACCAAAGCAGGAGAAAGAUCAACCACGAGAGCAAAGAAUUACUAGGCAAUCCGCGUCACGACAGCACUUUUUCGCGCCCUACGGUGUCGGUGGUAACGGUGGUGACGAUGGUGAUGGUGGUGGUGGUGGUUGUGGCUUAAGUGUUGACGGUGGGACUGAUUCCGGUGUACCCGGUCUUCCCUCUUCUUUAGUGUACAAUCGAAAUACGAUGGAUAUCUACGUGAAACCAAAGAGAGAUGGCGGCGGUACCAGCACAGCCAGUAAUCCGGAUAUAUCGCUUGAAGAAGGUGGUAGCGAACCUUCCACCGAUGGCUACGAAAACAUCAUUUGUUCACCCAACUUUCCCCAGCUCAGCGUCAGUGCGAUGGGAAGCUAUCAGGACGAUGACUACGAUGAUGAGUUCGAUAUACAGAUUCUGCCAGAUGAGAACUCACUGACAAAUGGCGAGAGCGAUGGUGAUGAGCUGAACUAUAAUCCUCCGCCGUUACUUCCAUUCGGCAAUUCCGAAACCAGCAUCACACGUGUGCCAUCCGCUGCUACCAAAGGAUCGAUGCGAACAAACGGUGGACCUGGAGGAGCCCUGCUUACGCCGCGCCGCUACAGCCGCCAAUCUGGUGGACGAGGUGGUAGACUGCUGAGUCGAUUGACCCGCGAUGGUGGCGCGAGCAAAGGCUCCGUAUCGAAUGGGAUCGCAAUUCCACCGUCGGCCUUCGUACUGAGAAAUCCACGGGGUAACCAGCCCCGGUCGUACAAUACGGAUGCCUUGUGGUCGGCCCUGAUGGACGUCAAGGCGGGCGAGAGCAUAUACAGAGCCUCACAAAUCCACAAAGUUCCUCGCAAGACGCUCCGCAACUGGAUGAAACGGUGGGACAUCAAGUCCGCCUACCCAAUGCCCCGGCAGCUGAAGGAAGCCGCCGAGAAGAAGCGCAUCAUCAAAGAACUGACUGAACAGGCGCAACAUCUGAGCGACGAGCCAACACAGUAGUACUAGCGUUACAUUCGCCAUAGUGAUAGAGUGUGCGGAACCACUUCCGAAUCGAAGAAAACGGCACCGGAAACCAAUAUACAUAUUUAUAUAUUCAUUUUAUACAAACAAAUGCAAAGAGAAAAAUAGUCAGUUAGUCGGUUUGUUGAUAGCAAACCGCUAGGGGAAGACAAAGUUAAGAACCCUAUAAAUAACAAAAAAUAUAUAUUUUCAGUUUUAGAUGCUAAGAUUCGAAUACCAUAGAGAGCGAGAAAGCGAAGAUGUGCAAAACUUCCUUGAGAAAAUGGAACGCAAAAAAGGUUCAAAGCAAAAUCUAGUUCGGUAGCGUUAAGGUUAUGUUUUUCGAAAACAUAUAAAUGUAAUCAAUGAAAAAAAUCUCUUAAUUUUAGUUCUAUUAGUUUACGUACACCACACCAAUACACACAUACACAAACACAUUCAUUGCGAGUGUGGGAUUUGAUUUCUCCCAAAGCAGCACUACCUUGGGUAACACUGAUGUGUACUUUGGUGUCGCUAGAUCGACGUACUUUCAUAUAGGAUGUAGUAGACUCUAUUUCUAGUCAAAUGUUGCAAAACCAACACCACUAACAUUUUCCCAAGGGCUUUAUACGAUUCUAGGUUAGUAAACGCUUUAGUCACGAGUACGAUCGGUUGCAAUGACCAUUUUUUACCCUUUUUAAAAUAGGAUAUAUCUUCAUACGAUGUGUAAUGUGUACGAAUAAGUUUCGUUUCGGCACCACAACUUUCUAUACUAGUAGGUACUUAUUAUAACUGUACGGAAUCAUGAAGAGUGCGAGCAGAUUUUUAUUUAAUAAUUUUAUUUGAGCCAAUCUAGUGUCGUUUCGUCACCAAAAAAAAAUCGAGAGAAAGUCAAUAAAGUGAUUUCAACCAAA